AUGAAUGCCAACAUGGCCAACAGAACGUAGAAAGUGUCAAUGUCAGUGACAAAUCGCGUAUAAAGUUAUGCACGUAAUGAUUAACACAACUGGGUGUUUAUCGUAAAUUACAGAAAAUCCUUCGAAGAAUGCGUUCGAAUUAUAAUUUGGACGUGGGUUAGUUAAGUUAGGUUUUUUGUGGGAUUAUUGCAUUUUUUCGGUCAACAAUAUGGUUUGGAUAAGGAAAAAGCAAAAGUAUAAAGCGGUAGAUAGCAUCGCCGAUGAAGAUGUGGAUAUUGAAAUGCCGAAAUUGCCUUAUUUUACACCCUCGUGUGUACGUGCAAGUUUAAUAACGGGGGCUUUAAUUGCUAUUUAUUUUGCACCAUCCAUUGGAUUAACUUUUUACCAACGUUGGCUUUUACAGAAAUUUAAAUUUCCACUAUUUACCGUCCUAAUCCAUUUGGUGGUAAAAUUCUUAUUAGCUGCAUUAUGGAGAUCAUGCGCGUCAUUAAAAAAUGACAAACCGAAACUAGUCGUCCCUUUAAAAGACAUCUUUACCUCAAUAGCCCCGCCGGGAUUUUUCAGCGGUAUCGACAUUGGAUUUUCAAAUUGGGGACUUGAAUUAAUAACUAUAUCUUUGUAUACAAUGACUAAGUCUACUGCAGUUGUCUUCAUAUUAGGAUUUGCAAUUCUUUUUAAAUUGGAAAAGAAAACUUGCAGCAUUUGGUUUAUUGUUAUCAUGAUAUCUAUAGGUCUCAGUUUAUUUACUUAUAAGUCGACGCAAAUUGAUGUACUUGGAUUUGUUUUGGUAUUGGUCGCUUCCAUGUGCAGCGGAUUAAGAUGGACUUGUGUUCAACUAUUACUACAAAAAUCUAAAAUGGGUAUGAAAGAUCCUGCUGAUAUGAUUUAUUAUAUGCAACCAUGGAUGUUUCUUAGUGUUUUACCCUUCGCUUUGGCAAUUGAAGGACCAACGGUUUAUGAAAAUAUAAAAGUGUUUCCAAACCAAGACAAUGUUUGGUACCUCCUAUUACUAGUUAAAGUUUUAGUUGGUGCUUGUAUAGCAUUUUUUAUGGAAAUGAGUGAAGUUUUAGUUGUUACAUAUACCUCCAGUUUAACUUUAUCGAUUGCAGGAAUUUUCAAGGAAAUUUUCGUUUUGGUAUUAGCCCAUUUUAUAAACGGCGAUGAAAUGUCUUUUAUAAACGUAAUAGGUUUAGUGGUUUGUUUAACUGGAAUAAUAACGCAUGUUAUUCAUAAAAUACGUAACGUCCAAGCACAAAGCAACAUUCAACGUUCUUAUAAUGGCGACGCGGAUGGGUUCGAAGUGGGAAAAUCCUUAAUUGAUAAUUCAGCUGUAAAUGUACACUAUCACAGUGACACUGAUGAAGAGAACAGCGACUCACAGGAAUUGUUUAACAUUUUGAAUCGGCAUGAUAGGUAGUGGAUUCAAUCUGUACGAAAAACUUAAAACCAGAAGAUAAAUUUAAAUUUUGUCAUUGUUUAUUGAUACUUUAUUCAAUUAGUUUAAUAUUUAUUCAAACAGGUGUAUUUUAUUUAAAAUUAAUAGGGGGAAUUAAUAAACUAUGAUAGUAUCCAUAAACAAUGAUUUCUUGUAUAUAUUAUUUAUAAGUGUUAUUAGUAUUUUAUUUUUUUCUUUUAACAUUAAGUUCCUAUCCGCGAUCAUGAAGAGUCUGCAUUUUAGGUUAUUGUUAAUUUCGUUUUGAUUAAUAAUUGGUUUGUUUAAGUAUAUUUGGUGCUAAUUAUGUGUAAACCUUUAGUUAAAAAAAUUUAAAACGUUAUUACAGAAAAAAUGUAUAUCAAUGUAAUCGUAUUAAGAUUAAUAAUAAGUUAAAAUCCUUAACAUUCCCUUUUCUUUGUAUAAAUUGAAGCACAUCACAUCUACCACUUAUUUGUACUUUGGACACAUUAGAGGAUUAGUCAUAAAAUAACUUAAAGUUUAACACAUUAAAAAAAUGAUGACUAGUGAUAUUUUUGAAAAGAAUAAAUGGAUUAAAAAAAAAAAGAAAUAAAUUGUUUACAUUUAUUUAAAUUGCAUUGUAUUAUUGUCCCUACUACAGAAGCAAAAAAAAAAUAUUACAUUCAAUUCUUAACUAAUUAAAAAUGAGUAAAAAAGUUUUGAGUAACGCUU